AUGGCGAAUGAAGAAAGUGAAUGGGUUGAGAAGUUUCUCCAAACAGGCGUAUGGGACGAAUCCUAUAUCCGGAAUCCUCCUGCUCCAGAUGCUCCAAUGUUUCCCGACAAUUCGCAGGCAUAUUCCGGACAGCCUCCAGCAGCUCGAACACACGCGAGCAACCCUCCCUCACGAUACUCGUCUCCCUAUCCAGCACCCUCAACCCAGGGAUUUGUCACUCCCGGAGAUACAGUAUACCACCCACCAGCUCCCUUUCUUCCAGCAUAUCUAUCUCGGAACUUCAUGGUGCCAGCGCCACCUGCGAGUGCACAGCCGCCCCCAAUGAUUGCUCAGGCCGCCUUGCAACAACAAGCUAUACCCAUGCGUGCGCCUGACAAUACCAACAGCUCUGCAAGUACUUCUCAAGUGAACGAUGCGAAGAGACGUCGAAUAGAUAAUGGCUCAUCGGGGGGUGUGCCAGGGCCAAAACAGCCACAAGCUACUUUUCAACCAGCACCCCCUCCACAAGUACCGCCUUCACAAGCACCACGUCCACCAGCGCCACCCCAACAAGUACCUCCGCCUCCUGCAAACUUGGCCAACUACUCCUUCGCGCCCCGUGAUCCUACUAGCGAUAGGUCGUUUUUGAAAUCGAGAGCCGAUCUGGUCAAGGGUUUGGACGAAACCCGUGCGGCAGUGAAGAUCACAUAUGACCCCAAGACAAUUGCAAGGGAUGUCCUGAUUGCCGCCGGUCGCCAUCCCACAGAAAAAAUGUUAAACCAUCAUCUUUGGCGGCUGCGCGAUGUCUUUAAUCUCGACGUCAACUGCGAUAUUGAGACCUUUCGAUGGGAUCUCGUCGAUCCGCGUGAAUUGUCGGCCAAUCACCAGCCGAAGCCGCCUAUCGCCCCUCCACCACGUGACCGACCACAGCCAAUCCCAAUGGUUGCUCCUCCACCGCCAAGCUCCAGCUCCCCGACGCGUCCAGUGCAGCAACCCCCACGACAGCUCACAUCUUCAUCGUCAAUCACUCCCUCUCCCCAUUAUUCUUCUCCUGUUCCACAUCUCCCACAUCAAAUACAGAAGCCUUCGCCUCGUCCAAUUGUGAAACCUCCCCCGCAUCCUACGCCGUCUAAAUCACCGCAGAAACCACCGCAGCAGCCAAAGAAACCUCAGCAAACUCAGCAGACAGAACAACCCCUGCAGCGAGUCGAGGUCAUGGUGGGGAAGAAACAGCAGACACGAGGGCCCCGCAGCUCCAAUGUCGAGGUUAAAAUCCCGGCUCCUGUUUCUUACCAGGUGUAUCCCUGCGAAUGGGAGAAUUGUCAGGCAGAGCUUCACAACCUCGAUAUGCUCAGACAACACCUGCUGAAACUCCACAUACCGUACCACAUAAGCUGCAAGUGGAAGGAAUGCUCGUACCCCGAGAAAAUGGCUGCGGCAGAGCUCUUUCAACACAUGCAGGAGGAUCAUCUGGGGCCCAUAGCGUGGAAACUGGGGGACGGACCCUCCGUGCGUGGAACUGGUGAGAAUGCAUUGAAAUGA